CUAAAUUGUGUUGCUAUAUCAGCUUGCACAUAGGAAAUUAUGAUCCAGAUGCUUCACUUGUUUAUUUUCUUUGGUCAUUUUGCCAAUUUAACAAAUGCAGGUACAGUAUGUGGCUAAUCUUGUUGUUUUCCCAUGCAUUGUUUUCAAGUAAUUUCUAAUUAAUUAUUGUCUUAUGGAUUGAGAGUAUGCAUUUGAUUAUGUUUGGACUUAUUCACAUCUCAAUUUACUGUAGAUGUUAAUUUGGUUGACAUCAAGACUUUGUUUCCAGCAUUAAUUAUGAAUGACUUCCAAUCUCUCUUUGAACUUGUAACCCCUACAGAUAUUACUGUUAGUUUUAAAAUGAUGACUCUUUUUGACCAAACUAAACUGACAUGCUGUGAUAAGGGCCAGCCUAUAUCAGAGUGCGUUUUCUACACUGACUCAAAAUACAUUGCCCAGAAUAAUUCCACUGACCAUUGCUGUGAGCUUAUUGUCAGUGGAAAAGAACUUGUACAGAAUAAAACUGGAAAGCAGCUCCAAACAACAGUUAACGUCCACUGUAUGACCAAACCUCACCAUGGACUCCACCAAAAUGUCACCAUUACAGUGUGGAGACUAUCUCUUUCUGGCGAACAAACUCUCGUUGUACUAGUUAUACUGGGGACACUGAUUCUGGUCUUUUUGCUCAUGAUAAUCACCCAAAUUGUCUAUAUGGCCAAGCAGCAAGGGUGUAGAAGAAAGUUUUCUCCUGCAAGAGCUCAAAAUCUGGACACCGGCACCCAAGAUGCAAAUCCUGGUCCUGCAGAAAAGCAGGAAACUGUGAAAACAGAGGUAGUGGAGGAUGAGCUAUUGUAUGCCACAGUGAAUCAUUUAGCUGAAAAUUCAGUUCUUGCAGUAAAGUUUGAAUCAGGAACCGACUACGCCACAGUGGUCAUAAACUAGACACCCGGCAACAUGAAAAUGAAACUAUAUAUGAAAUCUUUGAUAUAAACAGGGGGUUUUGUCAUCAUUUAUGACCUUUCUGUAAUCAGUACCGAAAUUGACUGUGGCACCACCAGAUGGAGCUGUGGACCAAUUCUGCCCCUGUACUGUACCCUUAUGAUAACUGAUAUCAAAAAUUGUGCUGUUGUGUUUUAAUUGCCCUUUUCUCUGAUGUAGAGUCUAAUAUUUUAAUUCCAUAUUAAUAACACAA